AUGAAGCUGGAAACUACGAAAGCGAAUCUGGGAAGGCUUCUAAGGCUGUCUUGGUGCAGGGAACAACCUGCUCGAACUCGUCUCUCGUCUGUGGUAACUCGUCUCUUGUUAAAAAAAACUAACUACAUCAAGUACUGGAGGAGUGGUCAGUCUUCUAAGAAGAAUUGUGGAGAUGAGGAUAGAUUUGAGCAGGGUAUGAGGAUACCACCAUCAGUCCUCAAGGGUUGUAAUGAAUCCUUCACUGCAGCUGAUGAGAGACAUCAGAAAGCAAGUACCCAAUUCUUUUCAGAUACUGGAGUUAUGGCCCUACUGUGUCAUCAUGAUCAUGUUAUUCACCUUGCCAACAUGACUUCAGCAGGGGAGAAGCAAAACUAUGCACUUGCCCUUAUCAAAUCAUUAUUCAGUCACCUCCCUGAUGAUUGUCACAUUGGGCUGUUAUAUGACAUAGGCUGUCAGCUUGAACAGAGCUGCAGAAAAUGGGGCUACCUUGAGCCAUUUCUGCCUUGA